AAUCCAUCUACAUUUUCUUUUGCAAAAUGUCCAGGUUAACCUGGCAAACACAACUACGCUGAUAAAAAGAAUUACCUGGCAACUCCACUGCAAGGAAGAAAGCCAACGGAAGUUCAGUCGAUCGCAGAGACUUCGGUUGCAAAUUUACACCGUCAAUAUCAAGAUCAUUUGCGCGUUGAACAAGGAAUAGAGGAUGGCUGGCCGUAAAAAAAAAGCCAAACCAGCAAAUGUCAAAACUAGUACCAUGCCUGAAACCAUCACCAUUGAAUCCACAAGUGCUGGUGAAGUGUCCAGGUGUGAAGAUGUCACUCCACCAACACAAGAAAAACUGGAGGAGCAAGAUAAAGAUGUGGCAUGUAGUGAUUCAUCAGACGACUUCCAGUCAUCAGCCAGCAAUGUUAAACAACAGAACAAGAGGCUGUUGUCAGAAAUAAAAACUCUACAGGAGAAGGUUGCCAUGUUAGAAAAUGAACGAGAUUUUCUGCGGACAACCCUUACCACGGCCAUGGCAUCCACUGGAAAAAGCCAACCAAAGAAGAAGCAAGAUGAAAUAUCAUCUGGUUCUUCUGACUCUGAGAUUGGAUCAUCUUCGUCAUGUGCAAUUUUAUCAUCUGCAUCUUCCGAUGAUGAGCCGAAGAAGAAGAAAAAGAGGAAGACAAAGAAGGAGGAUCAUCCCCUCGCCAAGACGAGAGCACAGACACCAGAUGAUGUCUUGCAAAGAUACAUAAACGUCUUGAAGGCCUAUAAAAGCUGCCGCAGCAUGACCAAAGCAUUUCAAAAAACACGAAUUGACCGGAACACGAUGGCGCUAUCUGCACCUCUUGCAGAAAUAAUGUUGAUUAAACCUAAAUUCCUCAAAACCCUCCCGGCCUUUGACAUGGGCAAAGAGAAGCUAAUGGAACAUUAAAAGAUGCUCACUAGCAGCAACACCGGAAAUGAAGGAAAAAAUUGAACAAUGGAAAUCAGGAGGGAAAUUACUUCCCAUCACACCUAAAUUCCGUUCAUAAAUGCAUUUUGUGCAUUCUGUCUUUUUGUUUUCCUCUGCCCAUUAGUGUUUACUUACUGUGUAUAAACAAAUGUUUGUGAAUUGUUCUUGAAUGAGGAACUUAAGUUUCUAGGGCAGUGUUCUUUAAAUAUAUACAACCUGACCUGGUUUAGGAGGACCUGGAGUUUUGCUUUUACUUACUUGCUUUUUAUUUGAUUUAAAUGAAACCAUUUUCAAUAACGUGGUAUACUUUAUGUUUAUAGAAAAGCUUGGAAUUUACAGCACUCUUCCAGUUUCCAGUACACAACUUACUGUUUUAUUUCCUGUCUCUAUCACAUGUACUGGUACUAGAUUGUGGUGUAAAAGCACUGAUGGUCCAAGACAUUAAAAACAUGACAUUCAAGUAAUACAUGAAAA